GGGCAUUCGGGGCGGGCGGGAAGAGCCCAUUGGGGAGAGCGGAGGGGAGACGACCCCCCCAGCCCGGUCCCCCACGUUCCGGGAGAUGCCACAGGACCUGGGGGAGGGAGGAGAAGGGAGCCUCAGCCCGGCUCUGUUCUCACGCGGCAGCCGCGGACGGGAGGGAACCUUUUCCUCCGCAGAGCUCCUGGGCCCGCCAGCUCUCCCCUCCGCCGGGAUACCGAGUGCCCCGCACCCCCAAUCAGCCCGCAGCCCGCGGCCCCCUUCCCGGGAUCGGGAUCGGGGACUCCAUUUCCCAGCAGGCCCCGGGGCUCUGGGCCAGGCGAGUGGGGGCAGUCCGGCCCCGAGGCCUACUGGGAAAUGGAGUUUGCAUCGCCUCCAGGGCUGCCUCGCCGGGCUGGGAGCCCGGGCUGGGGCUGGGAGGCGGCGAGCCAGAGAAGCACCUGAGAUUCCGAGGCUGUGCCGGCCCGCGGCCCGGGGGGACCGAGGACGCCCGGGGGCUGGAGGCGCCCGCCCCUCCCCCAGAGACCCAGGCCUCGGAGCCUGCCCUGGAACCUGAAACAUCCAGACCGCAGUCAGUGCUCCCGCCGCCGCCCCCUGCCCAAGCACGCGCUCUGAGGACUGGAAACUCAGCGGAGAAAUCACCUACUGUGUGCCAGAUGCAGCAGCAGCAGUCACCACCACAGCCGCCGCAGCCGCAGCCCCCCCAGCAGCCGGAACCGCAGCCGCGGCCGCUGUCACCGAAGGAGCAGGAGUCCCCCCCGCAGCAGCAGUCACCACCACCGCAGCAGCAGCAGCAGGAAGGAGCAGGGCCACUGCUCAUGGAUCUGGAGACGCCAGAAGACGUUCAGGUCCGGAGCCUGGGCAGAACCAUCAAAUCUUCGAAGCUUCAGGUUCGUCAGAUCCUAGCGGAGUAUGAGGCUCUGGACCGGGAGCUCCCAUGCAUCCGAAAGUUCCCCAGCCCACCCCCAGCCCAGCCCCUCUGCUUGUGCAUGGAGACUGCGCCUGAGUACGACUUCACCCACCUGGACUUGCUGAACGCCCUGGAGGCUGAGGUCCCAGACGCCCUAGAGAGUGGGCGCGUGAGCAGCAUCCGCUACGAGAACAUGAACGUUAUCUGCGGGACGGCCGGGCGCAAGGACCGGUGGCUCAUCACAGUCACGGACUUCCAGACCCGCUCGCGCCUGCUGCGCUCGGGGCUCCGACCCCGCGGGAUCCUCCACCCCCUAGCGCGCCACGACGAACUCCUGCUCGGAGACUACCGCCUGCACCUGCGCCGAGCCCUGGCCCGACGGCGCAUGCUCGAAGCCCUGGGGGCGGGACCCACCGAGGAAGACUGAGGGCGGAGACACGCCUGCGCACUCGUCCCGAGGGUGUCUCGGAAGGAGUGAGCAGACGGGGCGGGGCGGGAUUUAAGGGGGCGGGGCCUCCCUAGAAAGAGGCGGUGAGGGCUUGAGGGGAGGGUGGAUACUGUAAGUUUAAUUAUAAAGAAUGAGCCGGUACAAAAAGCCAUUUCUUUGCAAAAUCGGGGAGAGGGAGGGGACGACCCCCGUCUGUUCCCACCUCCCCGGCCCCUCCCCUGCAGUGGCCUCGGCCCGGACGCCUGGGUCCCGACCCCGGUCCCGGAGAGGGGCGUGGAAAGAAGCGGACUCGGGCCGUGGAGAGCCUCGAGCCCCCCACCCCGUCCUGGCCGCAAGGGGAGGCUGAGGUCUGGAGAAGUCGGGUCGCUCGCCCGGGGUCGUACAGCUCGAGAGUGGCAGAAUCCGCCUUCUUACCGCACGGCUGCCUUCUUGCCCCCGCCCCCGCCCCCCAAGGAACCCAGGCGUCCUGCUCCCACCCGCCCCACCCCCCGCCCCCACCCUUUGGAAGACAAUUCUUCGGGGUUUGAUUUGAGCUUUUUUUUUGUGGGUUUUUGUUUUUUUUCUUUGUAUCACCUCCCCCCGCGCUCGGACCCGCCCCCGCCCCCCUCCCAUCCCACCCUGGGUCUCUCUCCCCUCCCUCCCCCUCCCUGACCCCGCCCCCUUCCGCGGUGCCCAUCCGGAAUGAACAAGCCCUUGAUAGACGAACACCGCGGGGUCCCCGGGGGUGGGGGAGAACAACGGACGACGGACUUGAGGGAGGGAGGACGGAUUCCCUCACCCCCUUCUCCCCCCUCCCCCCAACCCUCCCACAAGAUAACCCGCAGAUCCCUGACGUGGUGAGGGGGAAGAGGGCUGGGAGCCCCCCCCACCCAUGGACGGAGCAGCCCCCCGGGAAUUUGGGGGUAGCAGAAGGGAGGGUGGGCUUAGAGUGAGGGGGAAGAAAGGGAGCUCCCUUCUUUGGCAGCUGAACGUGGGUGUGGGGAAGCUUAGAGGGGCUGUCCUUCUCCCCCCAUGGAAGUGGGGGAGGGGUCCCUAGGGUAAGGGGAGGGGUGACUUCAAUUCCCCUCCCCCAAGGUCUGAGGGAACUGUUAUUGGGAAGGAAGUGUGGGUAAGGGGGGGCAGAAAAAGGGAAAGCCAUGCUAGGAAGGGGGGGGGGGUAGGCGAGGGAAGAGAAACAAUCAUGCAAGAGACGGAGAAAGCAAGGGAACGUGAGAGGCUGAACUAGGAAGAAUCAGCCAAGUGGAGAUCCAAGAAGUGGAACUAUCUGAGAAAAGGCAGGUGUGCAAGGAGAGUGAACGUAGAGGAGAGCAAGCAUGCCAAAAGAGCAGGAAGAAAGGGAGAGUGUCCGAGAGAAGGGCUGCAGGGGCUCCAGAGUCUACAAGUGAGGAGAAGCUCCAAUGAGCGUGCAAGAACAGGAACAGGAGAAACAGGCAAGGGUAGGGGGCAAGGGGAACUUGCGAAGGGUCACUGGGAGAGAAGGAAGUGUGGAAAGAGGG